GGGCAUUAAACAUCUCGACCUUUUCCUUUUUCCCUUUUACUCUUGCACACAAUCAAUUCAACCGGGCGUCCAACUCGGUUCAAUCACGCGUCAUGUCCACCUCAUUAAAGACCCGCGCACUGCGAACACUCGCACGCAACGCCGCCCGAACCUCUUCCUCCACCUGCGCAAGCAUGCACACGCAUCUGCAUCAAUCGAACCACUCGUACCACUCGGCCUCCUACCCCGAACCGCCCUCAUACACGCCCGCCGAAUCGAUGAUCCUGUCCGCGGCGCUGUCGCGAGUCCCAUCGCACGGGUUCACGCAGCGCAGCCUGCAGCUUGGGGCGCAAGAUGCCGGUUACCUCACCAUCAGCACGAACCUGCUUCCCAGGGGGGUGUUCGAGCUGGUCCUGUACCACCUCGUCUUGCAGAGGGAGGGCCUGAAAGAUAGGGUCGAUGGCGAGUCCUCGGCUGGUGAGGGAAAGAGCCUGCGAGAGGUGUGGGAGCAAGGCAAGGUCGGUGUCGGAGGCAGGGUGAGAAGCUUGAUCUUGGAGCGGCUGAAGGGGAACGUGGAAAGCGGCGUCGUGGGGAGAUGGCAGGAGGCGCUUGCGAUCAUGGCACAACCGUCGUACAUCCCGGCCUCGACGGGCGAGCUGUGGAAAUUGGCAGACGAGAUAUGGUUCUUGGCCGGCGAUACGGCGCUCGACUUCAGCUGGUACACGAAGCGCGCCUCGCUGUCGACCAUCUACGCCGCCACGGAGGUGUUCCAGACGCAGGAUCAGAGCACCGAUUUCAGGGACACACGCAGGUUUUUGGACGCGAGACUGGACGAGCUAAGGACGUUCGGCGCCGCUUCGAGCGCCGUGGCAGAAUGGGCGAACUACACGGGGCACAGCAUUGUCAACGUUCUGAGGAGCAAGGGCGUGAGGAUAUAGUGACAGCAAGCGGUCCGCCUCUACUCCUUCGAUCGCAAAAGUCUGGGGAGAUUGUACUUUUACAUUAUGUUCCAAUGGUCUUCAGACCUAUCUUGUCUUGAUUCUCUGUACGUCAUGUGGAAAAGUUUAGAAUCUCUCACUGCAUCUUGCAGCUGGGUGUGUAUUAAUCUUACGUUCGAGUGGUCUUGUUGUCGCUCGAAAAGAUUCUGGUCUCGCGA